UUUACAGUCGGACGGUCAGGCUAGGGGGCCACGUCUGAUUUGUGAUCUUACUGUUAAGGGACCCUAAUUUCAAUUCACAGGAUUAAGCAGCAACAAAAGUUCAAUUGACGGACUAUUUUUGGCUUGUUUCUUAUAUUUCUCCGCUGACAGAAAGUCGGACGCGUCGUCCAGUUAAACUUUUUUUGGACAAUUUCUCAAUCUGUCUUAUCUUAACUUGCAGUUAAGUAGCCUACAUUAUUGUUUUGUAUUUUUUUCGGACCACGUCGCGGAUGAUUCUAAACUUUAUCUAGCAUCCGAGGGACGGUCAACCCAUAGUUAAAAUAAAACCUAAGAAGAAAUAUUGUCCAUGCAGGACGCGUUCAUUCAGCGGGAAUAAGGAACAAAGACAUUCGUGCCAACAACAGAAGCGCUCUUGCCUCCAGACUCCACGGAUCAUUUUGCGCACUGGCUUACAGAUGUAAAGAGGACAAAAAGACAAAGUUUACCACCGAUAGACGUCAAACGUGCAUUAUAUGCAAAUUAUGCACAACACUUUGUUUUGAAGUCAAUUAAAGAGCUUGAAUACAAACUACUGUAUACACGUCAUUACAAACUGACUCGUUUCACUUUUUCCUGGGCAAAAUAUUUUUCUUUUGCCGAGAUUUACGUUAACUACACCUUACAAUUUCCUCGUCAUCGUUUCAUCAGAUUGAGCUUUUUUCAUCUUUGGACAUGUUCUCUGCCAAGUAGAAGUGCACAGAAGUGAGUGCGCCCGUAGUUUUCAUUGUUCUGUUUUGGAGAGCAGCGGGUUCUUUGUCUACAGCAGCGAGAUGAGUAUGAACUUGUCAUCUCCAACACCACUGCGACUGAAGCGAGUAGACUUCGAGGAUGCUCACAAUACAGAUACCUUCAAAUGCAAGCGCCGCAGACUUAGCCAGCCUCCUUCCCCGGGUCUAGCACCCUGUCUUCGACCCCUGUCCCAGAGCCAGGAACAAUCAGGGUCAGAAAAGCACAACGUGUCACGUAUUGGAGCCUACGUUCUGCUGGAGGCAUUAGAAGGAACGCAAACAUUCAGAGCAGUUCAUCAGGUUACAGAACAAGAGUACACAUGCAAGGUGUUUUCAAUGAAGAAGUAUCACGAGUUCAUCGCACCUUACACGCGGCUGCUGCCCCACAACAACAUUUGUAAGAUUGCCGAGGUGGUUCUGGGGGAGAGCAACGUGUACAUAUUCUUCGAGCGUAACUAUGGAGACAUGCACUCGUAUGUGCGCAGCUGCAAGCGGCUACAGGAGGACGAAGCCGUGCGGCUGUUCAGUCAGAUGGCAGCUGCGGUCGCCCACUGUCACGAAAACGGCGUCGUUUUACGAGACCUCAAACUGCGAAAGUUUGUGUUCAUCGAUUCACAGAGAACAAAGCUGGUCUUACAAAACUUAAAGGAUUCCUGUUUACUUAACGGCAACGAUGACUCGCUGACAGACAAACACGGCUGCCCGGCUUACGUCGGUCCGGAGAUCUUAAACUCGCGACAUUCAUACUCAGGGAAAGCUGCCGACGUGUGGAGCCUCGGUGUUGUUCUGUACACCAUGUUAGUAGGACGUUACCCGUUUCAAGAUGUGGAGCCCACAGCACUGUUCAGCAAAAUACGCAGGGGUGCGUUCACCAUCCCAGAAACUCUUUCGCCCAGGGCGAAGUCUUUGGUGUGUUGCAUGUUGAGGAAAUCUCCCUCUGAGCGUAUAGAGGCUGGAGAUAUACUUUUGCAUCCUUGGCUGCACUGUAAUAACAACAUAACCCUCAGCCAGCACUCCAGCACCAGACACUCGACAGAUCAGGUGGUCCCUGAUUUUGAACCGAGUGAGAAUGAGGAUUGUUUGUAAUUCCAAAAGGAGGAUUAGAUUGAUAUGUUCCUGUUUGCCUCCCUAACCGGAGGAGUGGACUCUACGGAGAGAUUGCCUCAUAAGGUAUUCAGAGACUUCAAGGGCAUCAAGUAGUGAGGCAGAUUCAUGGCAGGCAUAGCAAAGAAAUGCUGAGCUGUUCGGAACUGUAGAAAGACUGAGCUUGUGGUCAUUUACAGACAUAAAGACGUAACUGUGUUUUGUUGCCUCUGAUAAUACCCAUUUGUUGUUGUCACACGGUGGGUGAAAGCAAAAUUUGAUGGGUUGCUGUACAAAAGCUACUGGCAAAAACUUUCCUAUAGUGGAUUCGGUCCAGAAAGAACACGAUGAGGCUUGUGCACACUUUCGAUUCAACAGUAUUGUCAGUGCAUGGAUUUCAUCCAUUAUAAACCAUGAUGUGGAAGCAAAUUUGUUUUGUAAUUUAAAGUCUGAUACCUCGAACUUAAAUCCUGGGAUACUUGAUUGAUGCACACUUCGUGCCUUUAUGUACUGUUUACAUUUUUUUUUUUUGCAGUGGAAAAUUCAGAUACAACUAUGUAAAGUGCCUUUCUCCAGUAAAACAUCUGUUGUUGUUGGAUUUGUUGAAGUACCAAAGAUUUGAGUUUUUCCCCAAGUCUACAUGUGUGUGGAUCUGCAACGGGUUAGCACAAGUGCUCAUGUUUCCUUUUCACAUGAAGAAAGGGUUGUUUUUUUCCACCACUUUCUCUUGUAAAUGUCUCUUUAUCUGUUAAACGGUGUAUUUGUGGUGUAGAGCAGGUUUGACCCUGAAGGAAUGUGGAGAACAAGUUUACCACAGGAAAUGUCCAUGUAAUGGUUUAGCAGUGUGCCUGUCGAGCAAAACAAAGGCUUUACAUACCUUAUCGUAUUGCCUGCAUGCAAUGACCCUUUUUUUGUUUAAGUACUUGUCAGUUUGUAGAUAUCUUUUGUUACUAACGAGAAGUGGACACUACAUUUGUUGUUUCAAAGGUUGUUGCACCUAAAAAAUAAAAGUAUUUUGUUGUUGCCAGUACAAAUAAAAAGAAAAUCAAACA